AUGGGUCAUCAUGGGAGGAGACGCUGGAGGCACAAUGGUGCACAUCUGAAAGUCAGGUCGGCUUUGGGUGCAGGAAAUGCACUUGUUGGGGCAGCUGUCGGACACAAAGACGGACCCAGGGGCGAUAGGGAAGCUACGUUGGAGCCAUAUGAGAACAUUGAUGAAAUCACUGCCGCGGUUGUGAAAGUUGACGAAAGAGGACGUUUUCUGGGGCGUUCGAAUCUAAACGAUUUACGAGCACGUCAAGCCCAAGGAGGCUCUGGAAAUGCAGAUGUUGUUGUUUCAACUAUACUUCACGUUGUUCUCGAGAAUGGAUCUACGGUUGGGAAGUUCACAGUCCCUACGUUACCCGCGACUAUAUCGAACUCCGAUCUAGGACAAGUCACCAUUCUCGCAGAGACCAAUUCCCCAAGCGUUGUGCCCACCGCUCCACCUAACAAUGCCCCAAUCGGCCCUACUCCCCCGCCUGCAACUUCUGAGCCUAAUUCUAGUGUUCCUGGAAACGGAGCAACCCCGCAGCCUACCCCCAGUGAUCCUCCUGUUAAUUCCCCAACGGAUCCUACCUCAUCUAUUCCCGAUUCUAGCACCCCAUCUUCCGACUUGCCCACAUCAACUACCGAUAUGUCGCUCUCGGGUUCUACCUCUACCUUUACCUCUAGCCCAGUGGCGGAUUUCCCGGCGCCUUCUCCCUCAUCAGUAUCAUCAACAUCCAUUACUGAGAAUGUCACGCGACCCACCUUCAUUGUAUUGCCUAUUUCAACUAGCACUACCUCGUCGGUAUCGAUACCACCUGGAGCCCACAUCGGGCUUUUACCAUCGGAGUCAUCGCAACCGCUGUUGCCAAGCACAACGUCCAGUUUUUCUGAUACAUUCCUACCAAUCUUACCAUCGUCAUCCGCUUUAUUGGUUUCGACAUCAUCGACAUACCCAUCAUUAUCAAUUACUAGCAGCACGGCGUCAACCUCAUCGAGUUCUGCGGCAAGCUCAAAAUCUGCUCUAAAGACUACUACUUAUGCCGGUGGUUUUCGCGGCGGCCGUGAAGGAGGCGGUGGAGGCGGGGGCGGAGACCCAACUGCCACCACCAGCCCAGGUGGUAUGCCUACUUUUGCAGGCGGUAGUCCUGCUGAUGCAUCCAGCUCUUCCAACGUCCCGACAAGUAAAGUUGUUGGUGGUGUGGUUGGUGGGGUUGCCGGCAUCGUUCUACUCAUAGCAGUGGCCCUCCUACUUCUGCGAAACCGGAAACGAAAAACUGAUCCUUCCGGCGGGCUCACGGCAGAGGACCAAGGAACAGCUGCAAUAUUACAUACAGGUGUGGAAGGACUGAUGUCGGAGCGCUCUGUUAGCGGAGGAAGUACUUUAGGCGCCGCAGCUCUCUUCAGCAAAUGGAGAAAUUCCCACCAAUCCACCAGGAGUUUCGAACCACCACCUAGCAGCGAACGAGGGUUUCAGAAAGUCUCAGGGAGGAAAAUCACAUCAGUGCUAGAAUCUGGUGGUGAUGGAUAUGACGACCCUUUCGGCGUUAAUGGAGAGAAACUCUAUUACGAGACGACCUCUGCUGCUGGUGCUGUGGCUAAAGAGACCGGUUCGCGGACAACGAGCUCCCAUUUUAUCCCUCCGUCUUCCUCAAGCUUUCAACCCCGACCAACCCUCUCUCGCAUCCGGAUAUCGCGAAGUGCGUCACCGAUUGCACAAGCACUCCACACCCCGCCACUCGGCCGACCACCCUCUCAAGAGAGUGACUCUUCCGCACAUGUCGUUUUCCGUCCGUCACCCGCGCGAACCCCGCUAACCAGUUCAGCGGAUGUCACCACAACGACGACACUGAGUGCCCCUGGCUCAAUUGCUCUGCACCCCCCGCCACAUCAGUCGCUACCACGAUUACCUGUCCAUCGACGGGUUUCUGUCCAAGAUGCGAUAGGAAGGAGUAUAGCUAGUUCCGAUGGUAGUCGUACUAGUCGAUUUACUGAGGCGAUUUAA